AUGGACUCCAAUCCGCCGCCGAGGCGCAAGACCGCCUUUAAUGAGGAGUUCGAUGUGAUGCAGGCCAUACAGGAGGACCGCAUGGCCUACCACGCCAGCAUCGCGUGCCACGAGCGGUGUGUGCACAACUACUUCUUCAAUAACUUCUACUGGCGAGAGAAGACGUGUAUGAAAAACUGCCUAGAUAAGAUCAACCAGGCGACCGUCAUCACGAACAUCAACUACGGCAAGUUCGAAGACGUCGAGUCGAAGAAGUGA